AUGUCCAUGGAUCACAACCCAUACCCACAACCACCCUACCCACUGCAUCCCUCCAUAACCUCCAGACUCAACCCCCAAUACGCAGCAUUCUACGAAAAGUAUCUCCUCAACGCCCAGCAAGUACACUACCAGCCCAUCGCCGCAUCAAGGACCGGCGGCAAGAUCAUCCCCGGUGGCAGCGAUCCUCUCCCCGUUGGCAAGACGCAGGAUGUUUCCAUCCAGCGGAAGGAGACCGAGGGCCCGGAUGUGCGCGUGAGGUGCUUCACGCCGUUUGGCGAGCCGCCUGAGACGGGCUGGGCAGUGAUGCUGUAUGCUCAUGGAGGUGGAUGGGUAUUGGGCAAUAUCGACACAGAGAACUCGGCAUGUACGAAUAUGUGUAUCCGGGCUCAGUGUGUGGUUAUCACUGUCGACUACAGACUCGCCCCAGAAAACCCCUACCCCGCCGCCGUACACGACACCUGGGAAGCCCUCCUCUGGACCCUCUCGUCCGGCCGUCAGCUCCUCAACCUCGACCUAAAUCGCUACGCCGUGGGCGGCUCCAGCGCCGGCGCCAACCUCGCCGCCGUGAUGACCCAGAAACUCGUGCUCCGGCCCGACCUGAACUCGAAGCUGAACAUCCGCCUCCAGCUCCUCACUGUGCCCGUCACAGACAAUACUGCGACGGUCGACACGAAUCCGACGUGGAAGGAUUGCGAGUUCACACCGGCCCUGUCGGCGGCGAAGAUGCUGUGGUAUCGGAAUCAUUACUUGCCGGAUGCGAGUAGCUGGGCGGAUCCGGAGGCGAGUCCGUUGUUGUUUGAGGGGCAGUGGGCGGAGCUGCCGCCUGCGGUGGUGCUGGUGGGGGAGUUGGACGUGUUGAGGUGGGAGGGGGAGGAGUAUGCCAGAAAGCUCAGGAAAUCUGGUGUCCCCGCGGACGUCAGUGUUAUGAAGGGAAUGCCUCAUCCUUUCAUGGCCAUGGACGCAGUGAUGGAUGAGGGACGGAGGGCGAUCAACAUUAUGUGUGGGAGUCUCGGCAAGGCGCUGCAUUCGGAUUGA